AUCCACGUUUAAGUUAUGUACGGUUCACUGUCAUUUGGUGGCUAUAGAUAAGAGAUAAUAAGCACCACCAUAACGUGUUACUUAGAUUUUUCAUUUGGUUUGAAAUUAUUAAAGUUUUUGGUACGAUUUUUUCCAAAUAUAUAUUCUGUUACUAGUAAUAGUAUUUAAUAUAUUUAUUUUUACUUUAAAUAAAUUUAUUAUGGAGGAAGCACCACCUAAAACUGCCAAACAACUAGAAAAAGAAGCAAAGAAGUUGGCUAAAUUAGAAAAAUUUAAACAAAAACAGGAUCAAAAGCAAAAUACAUCUAAAGAUGAAAAAAAAGAAAAAAAAAAAGAUCUAAUUAAGAAAGAAAAAGAGUUAAUAUUAUACAUGAAGAAUACUGAUCCCGGUAUGAAAAAAGAUAUUGAUUGUCCUAUGCCAGACUCAUAUAGUCCAAGAUAUGUUGAAGCUGCUUGGUAUAGUUGGUGGGAAAAAGAAGGAUUUUUUAAACCUGAAUAUGGGAGAAAAAAUUUGUCUGAAGAAGAUCCAAAAGGAAAAUUUAUUAUGAUCAUUCCUCCUCCAAAUGUUACUGGAUCGCUACAUUUAGGUCAUGCUCUUACUAAUGCAGUUCAAGAUGCAUUAAUUCGCUGGAAUCGAAUGAAAGGUAAAAUAACACUUUGGAAUCCGGGUUGUGAUCACGCUGGAAUUGCCACUCAGGUAGUUGUGGAAAAACAAUUGUGGCGUACAGAAAAAAAAACUAGACAUGAUUUGGGUCGUGAAAAAUUCAUAGAAAAAAUUUGGGAGUGGAAAAAAGAAAAAGGUGACCGUAUCUAUACUCAAUUGAAAUUAUUAGGUUCCUCUUUUGAUUGGGAUCGUGCUUGUUUUACAAUGGACCCUAAAUUAUGUCGUUCUGUUACUGAAGCAUUUAUUCGCUUACAUGAAGAUGGUGAUAUAUAUAGAUGUAAUAGACUAGUUAAUUGGUCAUGUGCUCUAAAGAGUGCUAUAUCUGACAUAGAGGUGGAUAAAAUUGAAUUACCUGGACGUACAUUCCUCUCUAUACCAGGGUAUUUAGAUAAAGUAGAGUUUGGUGUACUUGUUUCAUUUGCAUACAAAAUUGUUGGAGAAGAUGAAACAAUAGUAGUAGCUACUACCAGGAUUGAAACUAUGUUAGGAGAUACAGCUAUUGCUAUUCAUCCUUCUGACUCUAGGUAUUUUCAUUUACAUGGAAAAUUUGUUCAACAUCCAUUUUCUGAUCGCCAAUUACCAAUAAUUUGUGAUAAUUUUGUUGAUUCAGAAUUUGGCACUGGAGCUGUAAAAAUUACUCCAGCUCAUGAUCCUAAUGAUUAUGAAGUUGGAAAACGCCUCAAUUUACCAUUUAUAACAAUAUUUAAUGAUGAAGGAUUAAUUAUUGGUGAUUGCACACAAUUUAAUGGAAUGAAACGAUUUGAAGCAAGAAAAGCUGUUUUAGAAGCUCUGAAACAAAAAAAUCUGUAUCGAGAAACUAUUGAUAAUCCUAUGGUUGUACCGAUGUGUAGUCGUUCUAAAGAUAUUGUAGAACCACUCAUCAAACCACAGUGGUAUAUAAGAUGUGAUCAAAUGGCUAAACAUGCGUCUGAUGUUGUUAAAAGUGGUGAGCUAAAAAUUAUACCAACACAGCAUAACAAAACAUGGUUUUAUUGGAUGGAUAAUAUUCGUGAUUGGUGUAUAUCAAGACAACUUUGGUGGGGUCAUCGUAUACCUGCUUAUUUUAUUACAAUAAUAAAUGAACAACAAAAAUUAAAAGAUGAAAAUGAAUACUGGAUAAGUGCUCAUAAUGAAGAAGAAGCGUUAAAUAAAGCAAUAAAGAAGUUUAAUGUGCCAAAAGAAAAUAUUACUUUGAAACAAGAUGAAGAUGUAUUGGAUACAUGGUUUUCAUCAGGAUUGUUUCCAUUUUCAAUUUUUGGAUGGCCUGAUAAAACAAAAGACUUGGAAGUUUUUUUCCCGGGUACUUUGCUUGAAACGGGUUAUGAUAUUCUAUUUUUCUGGGUUGCUAGAAUGGUCUUUUUAUCUCAACGUUUACUAAAAUGUUUACCAUUUAAGACAAUUUUUUUACACUCAAUAGUACGUGAUGCUCAUGGUCGUAAAAUGAGUAAAUCUUUGGGUAACGUUGUUGACCCAAUAGAUGUUAUUAUGGGUAUAUCACUUGAUGAUCUUAACAAACAACUUUUAAAUAGCAAUCUUGAUCCAAAAGAAAUUGACAAAGCUAAAGCUGGCCAGAAACAAGAUUACCCAAAUGGAAUCCCUGAAUGUGGAACAGAUGCAUUAAGAUUUGCAUUAUGUUCUUACAUGUCGCACGGACAUGAUAUAAAUUUAAAUAUUUUACGUGUGCAAGGCUAUCGAUUUUUCUGCAAUAAACUCUGGAAUGCUAUAAAAUUUGCACUUAUGUAUUUUAAAGAAGGAUUUAAACCUACACCUUUAUCCAAAGAUGAACAAUUAAAUAGUAUGGAUAUAUGGAUUUUGAGUCGUUUAUCUCUGGCUGUUGAAUUAUGCAACACAGCUUUUGAGAAUUAUGAACUCAGUAAUGCUACAACAGCAUGUUAUAAUUUUUGGUUGUAUGAUUUAUGUGAUAUCUAUUUGGAAUGCCUUAAGCCUGUAUUUGCAUCAAAUGAUCAAGAUAAAAUCAAAGUAGUUCAAAAUGUUUUAUUCAAAUGUUUGGAUACUGGUUUAGUUUUACUAUCCCCUUUUAUGCCUUUCAUAACUGAAGAACUUUAUCAAAGAUUACCAUAUUCAGAAAAUAUGAAAUAUCCUAGUAUAACUAUUGCUCAAUAUCCAGAGAUAGAAAAUUAUCAAUGGCGAAAUUUAAGCGCAGAAGCCGAGGUUGAAUUUAUUCAAUUAAUUGUACAUAGCAUUCGAUCUGCUUUAUCAGAUUAUAAUGUUCCAAAAAGUUCAAAAACUGAGACUUAUAUUAAAUGCAACAAUGAAAAUUCUUUAGUUAUUGUUAAUAAGUAUAAGUCAGUCAUUGCUUCAUUUGCAAAUUGUAGUAAGGUUGAAACAAAUGUUACCAAUAUACCUACUGGAUGUGCAAUUCUAUCUAUAUCUAAUAAAUGUCAAGUUCAUAUUUUAUUGAAGGGUUUAAUUGAAAUUUCUAAAGAAAUAGAAAAAUUAAAAAAGAAAAGUGAUCAGUUGCAUCAAACUAUUGAAAAAUUAAUUAAAGCAAUGAAUGUUGUUGAUUAUGAAACAAAAGUUCCAGAAGAUGUGAUUAAAUCUAACCAAGAAAAAUUAAAGCAGUCAAAAGAUGAAAUUGAUAGGCUCACUGAAGCUAUUGAAGUGCUAAAGCUUAUGGAUUUAUGAUUAAUAUGUAUUAAUAUAAAAAAGUUAUUAAUUAGAAAUUAAUAAAUUUAGUUAAUUAAAUUGUAUAAA